AUGAGCUGGAAUGAGCAUCAGGAGAGCGGCGGUCUGAAGUCCUUCACGUCUCUGCUGGUGGUAUCGUCUGAUCUGGGCCGGCUCAGCUCCGUCAGGCUGGUCUGGAAGGGUGAACUGGUCUGGUCCAGCUGGAUGAGGCGCGUCAGGAACAUCAUGAGCUGGAAUGGCUCUGAUCAGGACGUGGAGCUCAGCGUGUGGAGGAUCCUCAUCAAAUCAGGAGAGACUCAGGAGAAGUGGUGGUUCUGCGGCGUCUCCGCUGAAGUCUCUCGUCUGAGGAUCUCGGAGCAGCAGGAGUUCAGACGCUGCCGGAUCACAAACUCGAGCGCGCACAGCAGCCCUCCAACCCAGUCUGUUUAUUAAUGCAGUUCAAGUACUCCAAAAAAAAUACAUCUCUUUGCACAAUACGUUCUGAAAUGUUACGUAAAAAUGUUCAAAGUGAACAAAAAUUUAGGUACUGUAUAAAACACAGUGAACAUUAACAGACAGCAGUAUUAAUCUUUUUUUAAAUCUGGUCUUUCAUUCGUUUCUCAAUUUUAGUGUUCAGCCUAUUUUCUCCUACAACAUCUGGACUCAAUUAAGAAGUUUUUUUUUUUCAGUGCACUUUUCCUCUAUGAAGUUUCACCAAGACUACCUAAAAAUGAAAUAAAGUCAAAAUACAGGCAAAUAUUCAGAUCUCCCUCGAUCCAGACCGCCGCAAAACCACCGAACCAGGUUUCUUCCUCACUGAUGGCAGUACGGUAAAGAAGAGUCGGUCUGGACUCCACAAACACA